AUGCCAGCUUCCAGUGCGUGGCUUGCGCGGUGUGAGCUAGAAGGUGAAUUGGAGAAACGGCAAUUGGACAGUUCAUCAGAAGAUGAUGUUGCUGGAGAACUUAUCCAGUCUGUGGAGCAGGGUUCAGUCCCUGCGUACAGGGCCGUGGAAAUGGCUGGAGUGGUUCGCCGGAAGUUGCAGAAACAUGGUAUUCGCGCUGGGUGGAUGCUAUCGAAGCUAGCUGCACGGAAGAAGAGCCCAAACAAUGCCUGCCGUAAAUUUCACCACGUUGCUCAAACUAGUGGGAAAAGACUUCCUGUUGCCAUUGAUUGGGUUCAGACCCCAAUCCGUACCAUCACAAAAUCCAAAGUCACAGAAGAGUUGGUGGACUUCCCAACACUCCCGCUCUCAUCUUGGAUGCGGGCCUCCUUCGACCUCGGCGGCCAUAUAUUUGUUGGAGGGAAGGGCAUGGAUCACCUCAACCAGUUUUGUGAUAUACUUCAUGAUUGGUGGAUCAAGUACCGCCGGCUGGAUCCCAAUUUGCCUGUUUACGAGGACUUUGAUGAGUCUGACUGUAGGUUUCUCAUCCCUAUUGCCAUCCAUGGUGAUGAGGGCCGUGGGAGAUACAAACGACCUAUCAUGAUAUUUAGCUUUCAGCCCAUCUUGACAAACUUCGAGGGCCAAGCAAACCUGAAAGGGGCUACAUAUCUGAAUCGUCUUCUUUUCACUGCAAUCCCAUCAAGCAUGUACGCCAAGAGUGACAAGACCAUUGAUACUUUGGUUGAAGCAAUGAUCUCCGAUUUCAACAGUCUGUACCAGCAUGGCUUUCGAGUGAUGACUCCUGAUGGACACGCGGUGGUCUUCAGGCCAGUUUAUGUGGGCUUAAAGGGUGACUGGCCAUAUGUCAGGAAGAUUGCAAAGUUGAGGACUGGCUUUCAAGCGACCAUUCCCCGGAAGUGCCAUUUGUGUGAUGUUGAAGAUUGGUGGAACUUUUCUCCAAUGGGUUCCCUCAGAAACCUUCGACCUGGCUACAACAACCCUUCCCCGUACAAAGAUGACCAUCUUCCUCUCAGUGAUCUUCCUGGAGGUUCAGCGCCAGAAAGGCUACGCACUGACCCGAUGCACACCUAUGCCAUUGGAUAUGGCAAAGAUGAAAAUGCCAGUGUGUUAGUGAUUUUGGUCAAAGAGUGUGAACACUUUGGCCACCGGGGAAACCUCCAAAGCAAAUUUGAUAGGGCAUUUGAAUCAUUUGCCACUUGGUGCAAAACUACCCGAAAGCACACCAGUAUCACUGGCUUCAGCAAGAAGGAAUUCAAAAUGAGCGGGACGAACUUGUAUCCCCGAGGAGGAGGAAAGGGCCACGAUACCGGUGUUCUGGGUGCAUGGCUGGAAACUGAAUUGGCUACGGUUCGCACGGACUUGCUGGAACCAAAACUGGUUGAGAUUGUCCAAGUCAUGAAGUAUAUGAACAAAGCGAGCUGCAAGUUUUGGCGGACCCUCUAUGCCAAUGGCAUCUUCCUAGAAAGGGAAGCUGCAGAAUGUGCGGUUGCUGCUGGAUGGCAAAUGAUCGAAGCAUAUGCAAGCUUGGCGAACAUGACCGCGCAGCUCUCUUGGUGCUACUUCAAAAUGCGGCCAAAAUGCCACAUGCAUGGGCAUAUUGUGCUGAGUAUUGCUCACCAAGUUCAACUUGAAGGGUAUGCAGUCAACCCCACUGUGUGGAUGACGUGGCAGGAUGAAGACUUUAUUGGGAAAAUUGCCCGGGCAAGCCGUAGACAGCAUGCGCGCACGUGUCCAAUCCGGACCAUCCAAAUGAGUUUAAUCACGUACCGUCGACACUGGAAGUCGAGCUUUGGAAUCAGCUGA